AUGAAAGUGCUUUGCUUCUUGCACCAUAACUGCAUCCCUCAUAUAAUCCAUCGCGAUAUGAAAUCGAGCAACGUCCUUCUCGAUCACGAAAUGGAAGCUAGAGUGUCCGAUUUCGGAAUGGCGAGGCUGAUCAGCGCGUUAGACACGCAUUUGAGCGUAAGUACCUUGGCAGGCACGCCAGGUUACGUGCCACCGAAGUAUUAG